AUGGUGCUCAAAGCAUCAUGCUUCAGCGUCUUCAGGCCGCUGCGCUCGAGCAGGAUGCAUGGACCGCCGACGCCUGUCCCCGAUCUGCACAACCUAGACACAGUGAGCUGUCAGAUCCCUGGAGGCCUCGCAGGAAUCCGCGAGAGGAUGGCAGCGAUGGGUCACUUCAUGAACGACGACGCGCCAGCGCAGGCCGAGGUCAGCCCUGCGGAGAAAGGGCAGGUGCGGCAGGCGAUCAAAGGGCCGGAGUCGCAGGGGAACAGGAAGAAGCCGCGGACGACGUCGGAGAGGCCUCAGAGGAAGGAGACGAGUAACGCCGCUCCCCAGAGGAAGGAGGCGGGCGUCGCUCAGUCCGAGAUGUUCUCUCUCUCGGCAGAUUUUUGCACGGAGAAAGGGGAGGAUGUGCAAAUGGUUCCCUGCGCUCCCCUGCACCUGGACGCUCGUUCGGCCAGGAAACCGUCCAAGAAGUCUUCCCCUGCAGUUAACAGCUACUCUGCUGAGAACGGUGUAGACAGCGAGGAGCUCGACCACUUCGCUCAGAGUUUGUUCCCAGGCCGCGAUCAGGUUAAGCAGAAUGCCCAGCUCUUCUCGCCGAAAGGUGUUCAGCCCUCAGCUGGACUGACUGCUCUCCUGGAUGGGAGAAACUCGUUCGAUGAUGCGUCGGAUAUUCCUGAGAUCAGUGAAAUCAUCAACAACAACCUGACGUCAGGCAAGACAGAAGGGGAAAUGCUCCUGAACGCGUUUGCCAUGCUGGGAGAUCAUACCCGGACGUCGGAACACACCAGCCCAGCCAGCUCGAACCGAAUGGUGUCCCUUGGUCUGCAGGAGUCUUCGGAGGAAGAGGCCAAGUCAGGGGAUGCGCACAGUGAGGCUGGGUCUUCCAAGUCAUCGUCGACAGUUGUAGUGACGGAGGUUGUUCCCAGCCCCUCUAACAGAAGGGAUCGAUUCAGAGAGCACAGUCACUCCCCCCGCAAGAUCUCUUCCCUCCCCAUAACUCCAGAUCUGCCGCUGACUGGGGCCGGCCCUGGACCUCAAGAGGAGAGCCCUCUUCCUAGUUUCCCUCAGCGCCCCAGCGGCUCGUUCCGGCUCAAGGACGAGUGGAGGAGGCCGACGACAUCAGAAGACUUAACUCAAACUAGCUUUGAAGACCAUGCACAGAAAGAGAGAGGAAUCGCCAAAGGAGAUGCCCUCGCCGAGAGCCGCUACCUUAUCCUCCCUCAGGGAAGCCCGGUGCCUCAGGCUGGUGUACAUAAUGUAGAAAGAGGCAGGAUGCCAGAGGCAAACUUCAAGUGCCCCCCUGCCGUGCGCGUGCAAGAGGCAAGGCCGAUGGACUGGGACGCACACUCAGAGCAGAAAGCAGCAGACGCGUCAGGAGGUUUGCAGAAGGAGAGCAAGUCUGAGGGAGAGAACCUGAUGCUCUCUAACAUCAUCGACUUCCGCAAAAGGAACCCCACGAGUACCUUCAGGGACUGGCUGUCUCAACUGACCCCCCAAGAGAUCACCAGAGCAAUCAUGUCUUCGAAGAAGGGCACUGGAAUAUGGCGAGAGCUGUGGGACCAGGUGGAGAAGCAGGUCAAGGAAGGACGUUGA